AACACACUUGCGGUUGAUGCAUACGACUUCAGCACAGCACAAGCCGUCUGCUGAAACCAACCUAGUAGAAACGUCGCUUGCAUUGCCCUCGCUCCAAGUAGCAUGGUUAAAAAGAGAACAGAACCAGAUGGCAAUAAGGCCGAGGAGGAAGCCGAGCCAUCCAAUCGACGCGAGGGAAUGGCCCAAAUUGCGCGCAAACGAGCUGCGCACUUCGCCAAUUUCCAGGAUGACGACGGCGGUGACGACGAUGACAACAUUCACGCUGGCGGCGACCAGGCCCGCACGUUGGGGCCGUGGAGCAGUGCGAUGGAGCUCGUGAACGCGCGUGGGAAGGCGCAGCACGACCGACAGGCCAAGCUGCAGGCGGCUGCCGAGGCAGAGCAGGAAGGCGAGGCAGAUGCGGCGGCUCACUGGCACCCCAGCCGGGACCCGGCCCUGGGCCCGCACCCGCGCGACCCCGUCAGGCCGCUGUUUGGCCAGUGCCUGGACGUGCUGACAGCCUACAUAGACUGCGUGGAGUCGCUGUGGGGCGUGCCGGACGCAAUCAAGGUGCGACUGGCUGCACACGUGUGCGCACGGCGGAAGAUGUCACCCGAGGCGGCGCGGCUGUUUGCCACGUCGGCGCCCACGGAGGUGCUGGUGCCCGACUGCACGCAGCUGGACGCAGCCGCCAUGACCGACCUGCUGAAGGAGGUGACGGGGCCCAGGUUGCAGCGGUUGGAACUGGGCUUCUGCGGCCGCGGCUUCGGCGACGACGCGGCGGCGCUGGUGGCGGCGGGCGGCGGCAGCGGCGGGGCGUUGGAGGAGCUGGAGGCUUUGACGCUGGAUGGCGCGUACCGCCUGUCUGACGCCGGGCUCAUCCAGCUGCUGUCCGCCACGCCGGCGCUGCGGCGGCUGUCGGUGGCUCAGGGCUCGCGCUUCACGUCCGCGCUGCUGGACAAGCUGCCGGCGCUGGUGCCGCAGCUGACCCACCUGAACCUGGCGGACUGCCGCGGGCUGGGCGCAGAGGCGCUGGCGGCGGCGCUGCCCCGGCUGCAGCAGCUGCGCAGUGUGCGCCUGGACCUGAUCCCCGAGGUGGAUGACGCGGUGCUGGUGGCGCUGGCCACGCGGCUGCCGCACCUGGCCGAGCUCAGCCUGCGCUGCUGCCAGGCCGUGUCGGACGCGGGCCUGCGGGCGCUGGCCGCCAGCGCGCGCGGGCCGCACUUGGAGCUGCUGCGCAUCGACGAGUGCGGCGGCCGCGUGACGGACGCCGGGCUGGCGGCGCUGGCGUCCCAGUGCCGCGCGCUCAAGGUGUUCUCGGCGCGUCGGUGCGCCAAGCUCGGCGACGAGGCGCUGGCGGAGCUGCUGCGCGCGGGCAGCGUGACGCACCUGUGCCUCAGCGGCGUGGCGGGCGUGGGGCCGGCGGUGGCGGACGCGCUGGCGGCAUGCUGCCGCGAGAGCCUGGAGGAGCUGGACGUGUCGUUCUGCAGGAAGCUGCCGGACCGCGGCCUGGGCCUUGUGCUGGAGCGCUGCGGGAAGCUGCGCCGCCUGUCAGUGUUCGGCUGCAGCCAGCUGUCAGCCGCCUCCCUGUACGGCCACUCCAACGCGGGAUUAGUCAUCGAGGGCAUCCACACCAAGGUGGAUCUGGAUCUGGGCCUGGCGCAGAAGCGGGCAGCGGCCGCGGCAGAGCCGGGGGAGGGGCAAGGGUCGGGAGCUGGAGCGGGAGGGAAAGGGGACGGGGACGGGAAGGAUGGAGAGGAGGAGGAGGAGGCUGGCGGGGACAAGGAGGAGGCGGGGCACGGUGGUGGAGAGGGAGGCGGCGCGGAGGAGGGCGGGCAGGAGGCAAACGGAGGCGCGGGCACUAGCGAGCAAAACACUCCAUCGCCAGGAGGCAAGGCGGGGACAGGGCGGGGGAAGAAGAGCGGCGCGCAGGGCAAGAAGGCGGCGGCAGGUGCCGGGGAGGCAGGGGCGGCGCGGAAGCGGCGCGCAGCCGGCGAGGCCGGUGCGGCGGGGGCGGCGGGCUCCGCUGGGGCGGCAGGAGGGGCCCGGCCGCGCAAGGGUGGUAAGAAGGCGGCUGCGGCGGCCCCGGUGGACGAGGCAUUGGAGGCGGCUAAGCAGGCGCCCCCAGCGGAGGAAUGGUUCUAGGUGCUGCAAGACAAAGACGAAGACAACCAUGCGCAGGAUGAGCACUGGUACUGCACGGGUGAAGGCGUUGGCGUGUCUGUAUUAUAGUUACAUUGAGGCUGCAGUGUGGUGCGUUGGCGGCCGACAUGAGUCCGUAGGAAUGGAUGAUGUACAGUAGGAGGCCCUGGGUAGGCCCCGACAUUUUGGACCGUACGUGUUGCCCGCUACUGCGGCGCAGUGGAUGCUACUGAAUCUCAAACAGUCCUGUUAUUAAGGAGGUGGCUGCCUUAGGGAGGCAGGAAAAGGGCUGAGCCCUCCCCUCCCGGGUCGUUAUCAACCCAGCCACCUUGACGCGGGCGCCUACUAAGCACAC